UUUUUUCUUUUUCUUCCAAGCAUAUUACAUGUAGGUUCAUAAUUAAUAAAUUUAUUUGACACUUGUACUUGUGCAUUAUAAUAGAGUCUCCAAGACUUUAGUUUAGGUGCGCAUAAGCUAUGUCCAAAUAUCAGGCUUAUUAGAAGACAAAAAAAAAAAAGUCUAGUUUUUCUUGAAUUUCUUGCGUGUAGAGUAAUGUCCAUAUUUCUCGCUUUAUUUGCGGUUGAGAAAACAUUUUUCUGUUUUUAAAUACACGCUCAAUUCAUUGCUUCUUCAUUUUCUUCCUUCAAUUUCUCUUCCAAUAAUCACUUCUAACGAUUCCAUGGCUCUAGAACAAUCUUUUGGUGAACCUAUGAUCAGUUUUGGAUCUGAUAAAGAUAUUUCCCUAAAGAAGAGGAACUCCGUUCCAGUUACAACGUCAAACUCCGGAAAUAUGAUGGGAUGUUUUGAUUGCAACAUUUGUCUUGAUUCUGCACACGAUCCUGUAGUCACCCUCUGCGGUCACCUAUACUGCUGGCGUUGCAUUUACAAGUGGCUUCAAGUUGAGAACUCUGCCUCGGGAUCAGAAGAGACGCAUAAAUGUCCGGUCUGCAAAUCCCACAUCUCAAACUCCUCACUGGUACCUCUAUAUGGCCGCGGGACAUCAUCAGCAGAAUGCGGAUCCAACGAGUCCCAACUUGAUGUCACCGUACCUCGCAGGCCUCAAGGAAUUUGGACAACAACCACACAAGUUAAUACAUCAUCACCUUCAACUUCUCACGUCCAUCAACAACUUCAUCACGCUUCGUUGUAUUAUCCACCACCCUCGAUUCAUCACCAACAAUACUUCCCCCAUGCUUUUGGUGGCUAUGCAGCCAUAGCUCCGUCUAGCUUCGGAGGCACUGCAAUGACUCGGUUAUUCAGCCCGAUGGUCGUGAUGUUUAGUGAAAUGUUCCUCGCAAGGAUGUUGGGGGGCUCAGAUGCAAACUCGUUUUACCCCAUCCCGGGAGGCGGUGGUAGCUCUAGAAUGAGAAGGCAAGAAAUGCAGGUGGACAAAUCUCUUAACAGAUUAUCCAUCUUUCUCUUCUGUGCCUUCAUCUUGUGCCUUCUCCUAUUCUGAUUACACCUAUUAUAUGCUUCUUCAUCAUUGUACAGACGUACAAAAUUAUGUGACUGUGCCCUAUACCUAUGGACGGCCUAUUGAAACGCAUAGGUGGCAUCAGCAGUCAGGCAUGUAGUUGAUAGCUUUUAAAAAAAAGACUUACAGUUAUUAAACAGAAAAGGCUAUAUAUACCUUGCAAAGGUUGCUUUUAUACUUUCUGUGGCUUUAUUCCCACAAUUUAUUUACAUCUUUUCACUUUGCCUUGGUGUAUUCGCGUUGAACGAGUGCGAUAUGAAUAUAGAUACUUCGCGUGAA